AUGACACUAAACUCUCGUCUUCUGAUCGUCCUGGCAGCAGCCCUCUUCUCUGCUGCUUCGCCUCAUGAAAUGUGGACCAAAGUGACCCUGACCCACCACUGGCCCAACACCUUCUGUUCUAUGGAACACUGUCAUCCCAACAUUAGCUACUGGUCGCUACAUGGACUUUGGCCAAAUAACGGGAAUGACUGCAAUUCAACAUGGCAUUUCAACUCUUCCCAAAUUGAGGAUCUGCUUCCGGACAUGAGGAAGAGUUGGCCUGACUUGCUCAAGCCUACUUCGUUUAGCUUCUGGAAGUACGAGUGGUUCAAACACGGAACAUGUGCAGCAGAAGCAGAUGCGUUGAAUAGUCAACAUAAGUACUUCAGCAAAGCACUGGAACUGUAUCAUAAGUUGGAUUUGAGCAGCGUCCUGAAGAAGUUUGAUAUUAUCCCUUCUAACAAAACCUACAAUUUUUCACAAAUUGAAGAGGUGAUCCAGCAUUUCUAUGGCGUCACUCCAAAGAUCCAGUGUGCCGUUUCGACAAAGAAUACUGAUGUUCAGACUUUGGGGCAGAUUGAGAUCUGUUUUGAUGCCGACUUCACCCUGCUGGACUGUGAGAAACAACAUAUCACGGAGACGGAUUCAAAGAGAGGUUGGCAUCAGCUCGAUGGUGUUGACACCCCAAGUGGAUUCAAAGUGUGUGACCAUGACAUACCGGUGUAUUACCCACCUCUUCUGUAA